GAUGUACUUGAGAUAGUAAAAAGAUUGAAAAAACAGAUAUUGAUGUAGGAGAAAAAAGGAAUUAUGUUUGUUGAUGCUGAACGGGAUUAUGCAAGAGAUAGAUAAUAUAGUGCAAUCUAUCUAUCUAUCACAUAUUCCCGUUCAACACCAUUUUCACGUUCAUUUUGUUUGAGAAAAGAUGGCAUUAGGGCAUGUACGGUUAUUGCACGUUCCUACUAGAUACCAUUGCGGAUAUUUUCACAAAAGGCCUACGUUGUCAACUAUUCUUGAAUUUUAGAUCCAUUUUUAGCGUUCGACCUCCUCCCACUAUGACUGCGGGGGUGUGAUAGAGAAUAUACGUAAAUGAUAUUCUUGUCAUAGGUAUAAAGAUAUAUUUUGUGAAUAUUGAAUCUUCAACUUUUGAGAUUUCUUAACAAGAUUAUGACUUAUACUUGUAACCCUAUAUAUAUCAAAUUAACGGAACUGAUGGACCAUAUGACAAUGAGUAGCUUUUUUUUUUUUUUUUUUUUUUUUUUUUUUUUUUUUUUUUUAAGGCUUGAAAAGAAAUGUAGAUUAGAAAGAAGUGGAGGGAGUAAUAUGGUGAAUAUUUUCUUUCUUUUUGUUUACAUAGUUUUCCAAUCAAUAAAGACACUUCAAACAAAUUUAGUUUGUUCCCUAAGAAAAAAAAAUCAUGACGAUUCUUAGCCCCCAAUUAUUUUAGGCAUACAAAUGUACAUAUCUAAAAAAAGUGAUUAUGGUACUACAAGCCUACACAAAAAUGUAAUUUAUAGUAAAAAUAAAUUUGAGCCUACAAUAUAUUUUUUUUUCUGUUAUCUUAAUUUAUCCUUUCCAUCUCUCUAAUGGUUGCAAUUAAAUUCAUUUGACACCACAAUUCAAAAAUUCAUUCAUUCUCAUAUUUAAUCAUUCUCUUUUCUUCCUAAUAUUUUUUAGGCAAAAUCAACUUUUUAGUCGAUAUUUCUAACCAUUAUCUCCACCUUACUUAGGUUGCUCCCAAUUUUCAUCAUCAAAAGAUAAAUUACAUUGAUUAAUACAUUCAUUAAUUAUUCAAGGAUCAAAUUCAUCUUUCUUAAUAAACAUUCCUAUAUUCUUUAUUGUUCCUUCUCAAAUUUUGAGAUUGAGUGAAAAUUACAUAUAUGCAUGUACGUAAGUUGGAUAAGAAAUUCAUUAGAACAUUUGGGCAUGAAAAGGAUUUUGUUGGUGCAACGACUUCACCUAUUCAGGUAAAGUCAUCAAAGGAUAUAUGAUUGAUUGCAUGAAAUUAUCGUCGGAGAUUGCCAUUGUUGUUCGAUCACAUAGUUGAUAGCGUAUAAUUUCAUUCAAUCCUUCAGUCGGGUACACAUAGAGUUGGGUAUAAUAUCCAUGUUACAUUUUCCUAGAACAUAAUGACUACAAAUAUAAGAUCUCGAUCGAUGAAGGGACCGCCGGAGAGAGUAACGGAGGAGCCUAUAACCCUUAAGAGUUCCCUAUGCACGGUAACAAGUGUUUUUCUAACAAAUAUUGCGGGGUAUUGGAGAAAUGUUAGUGUAUUGUGGUGUAAAAAUCUAAUGAACAUUUCUUUUAGCAUCAUUAUAGAUGGAUGUGAAGGUGAAAUGGAAAGGCAAACAACAUGCAAGGUAGAGUUAAAACCUUGGCAUUUUUGGACAAAGAAAGGGUACAAAUCUUUUGAGAUGGAUCACAAUAAGGUACCGGAAGAAUGCAGUCACCAACUCGACGUGUAUUGGGAUCUACGAUCAGCCAAGUUCGCUGGUAGUAGCCCCGAGCCUUGCUCAGACUACUACGUAGCGCUUGUGUCCGAUGAAGAGGUUGUGUUAUUACUAGGGGAUUUCAAGAAAAAGGCAUAUAAGCGCACAAAGAAAAGGCCAGCCCUAGUAGAUGCAAUCCAAUCCUUAAAGAAGGAGACAGUGUAUUCUAAGAAGAGUUUCGCGACAAGGGCACGUUUCACCGAAAGCAAAUGGGAGCACGAUAUAGUGGUAGAGAGUUCAACCACGGGAACUAAAGACCCGGAGAUGUGGAUUAGUAUCGAUGGAAUCGUUCUCAUUCAUAUCAAGAACUUGCAAUGGAAGUUCCGAGGGAACGAAACAGUGGUGGUUAACAAGACGCCGAUUCAGGUGUUGUGGGACGUACAUGCAUGGCUGUUUUGUAAUCCAGGAACAGGGUAUGGAUUGUUCAUAUUCAAGCCGGGAGUAUCCGAAAUGGACACUGAUAAGGAAGGAAGCAAUAGAAGUGGAGCUAGUGACAAUAGUUGUGGUAGUAUGUUUUACUCAACACAAAGUACUCAAACCAAAAUAGUUGAUAUUUGCCUGUUAUUACAAGCUUGGAAAACUGACUAAAAUUGAAUCAUACAAUUCUAAUUAUUCAUAUUAUCAAUAGUAUUUGCUUUGUCAUGUAAAUAAAAUUUAUUUCA